GAGCCACCCAAACGCUGCGAUGCAGUCGGGCAGCGUGCAGCCCGCAGAUGAAGAAGAGGAGCAGACCCGAGACCAGGGAACAGCUGCAGCAGGCCUCGUGGAGCUCGGCAUGCCCCCCGUGCGGCGCCUCAAGAUUGAGGACUUUGAAAUCGGGCGUCCUCUGGGCAAGGGAAAAUUUGGGAACGUGUACCUGGCUCGGCUCAAGGAAAGCCAUUUCCUUGUGGCCCUGAAAGUCAUCUUCAAGUCCCAGAUAGAAAAGGAAGGACUGGAGCACCAGCUGCGCCGGGAAAUUGAGAUCCAGGCGCAUCUACAGCACCCCAAUAUCCUACGCCUAUACAACUACUUCCAUGAUGCACGCCGGGUGUACCUGAUUCUGGAAUAUGCUCCAAGGGGUGAGCUCUACAAGGAGCUGCAAAAGAGCAACACGUUGGAUGAACAGCACACAGCCACGAUAAUGGAGGAAUUAGCAGAUGCUCUGACAUACUGCCAUGAGAAAAAGGUGAUUCACAGGGAUAUCAAGCCGGAGAAUCUGCUGCUGGGGUUCAGGGGUGAGGUGAAGAUUGCAGACUUUGGCUGGUCUGUGCACACCCCAUCUCUGAGGAGAAAGACCAUGUGUGGGACUCUGGACUACCUGCCCCCAGAAAUGAUAGAAAGGAGAACAUAUAAUGAGACGGUUGAUCUGUGGUGCAUUGGCGUGCUCUGCUAUGAGCUGCUGGUGGGGAAUCCACCCUUUGAGAGCCAUUCCCAUAAUGAGACGUACAGACGUAUCCUCAAGGUGGACAUCAGGUUUCCUCCGUCAAUACCUUUGGGGGCCCGGGACUUGAUCUCCAAGCUUCUCAGAUACCAGCCUUUGGAGCGGCUGCCUUUGUCACAGAUCCUGGAGCACCCCUGGGUCCGGGCCCACUCUCAGAGGGUGCUGCCUCCAUCUGUUCAGAUGAAUUCUUGAGCCCUGUC